AUGGCUCCAAAGAAGGGAAAGGAUGAUGCAACAACGCCGCCACCACUGAUUGGAAGGUUUGGCACUUCAUUGAAAAUAGGAGUUGUUGGCCUGCCCAAUGUUGGGAAGUCAACCUUUUUCAACGUGUUGACAAAGAGUCAGGCUGCAGCUGAAAAUUUCCCCUUCUGCACCAUUGACCCAAAUGAAAGCAGAGUGCCCAUUCCAGAUGAACGCUAUGAUUUCCUCUGCCAAUUCCACAAACCUCCCAGCAAAGUCCCAGCGUUCCUCAAUGUUGUUGACAUUGCUGGCCUGGUGAAAGGUGCUCAUGCUGGCCAAGGCCUGGGAAAUGCCUUUCUGUCCCACAUCAGCGCCUGCGACGGCAUCUUCCACAUGACACGAGCUUUUGAGGAUGAGGAUAUCAUCCAUGUUGAGGGGACAGUGGACCCAGUGAGGGAUAUGGAGAUCAUCCACGAGGAGCUGAGGCUGAAGGAUGAGGAGAUGAUCGGCCCUAUUAUUGACAAGCUGGAGAAGACAGCCAUUAGAGGCGGUGACAAGAAACUCAAACCAGAAUACGACGUUAUGUGCAAAAUCAAGAGCUGGGUAAUGGAUGAAAAGAAACACGUCCGCUACUAUCGCGAAUGGAACGACAAGGAGAUCGAUGUGUUGAACAAAUACUUGUUUUUGACAUCCAAACCAAUGAUUUACCUCGUUAACCUCUCUGAGAAAGACUACAUCAGGAGGAAGAACAAAUGGUUGAUGAAAAUCAAGGAGUGGGUGGACAGUCACGACCCCGGAGCCCUGGUCAUCCCCUUCAGCGGCAGCCUGGAGAGCCAGCUACAGGACAUGAGUGAAGAGGAGAGGCAGAAGCACUGCACAGAGCACAAGACGCAGAGUGCCCUGAGCAAGAUCAUCAAGACAGGCUACGCAGCCCUGCAGCUGGAGUACUUCUUCACUGCUGGACCAGAUGAGGUCCGUGCAUGGACCAUUCGGAAAGGAACUAAGGCUCCACAGGCUGCGGGGAAGAUCCACACAGACUUUGAGAAGGGCUUCAUUAUGGCGGAAGUAAUGAAAUUCCAGGAUUUUAAAGAGGAAGGCAGUGAGAACGCUGUCAAGGCAGCAGGCAAAUACAGACAACAGGGAAGAAACUAUGUUGUUGAAGAUGGAGACAUCAUCUUUUUCAAGUUCAACGCACCAAAUGCACCAAAGAAAAAGUGACCUAAGAACAAUGGCUUUGUUUACAUAUCUGACUUGGGCUUGUUACCCCCCUUUUCUUCCCCCUUUUGGCCACACUCUUACUUUCUGUAGGAUCAAAUCCCCCUCUGAUCCAAAGCACAGGUUCAGUAAACUCUGACAGCUUUGCUAUUUAAGAUCAGGAUCGGCCCCCACUCCAAAUUGUAGCAGCAUUUGAAGGAGCAUAUUACUCUCCAGAUACCUCA